AAUUUACCACAAGCCGAAUGUAAAAAAUAUGUCGCUGGCAAAAAAAGGCAAACGCGCUGGUGGCGUUUCGAAAGACGUAACGUGGAAAAAACUUGGUUUCCUGCCGGCCUUCAAACAGGAAAAGGAUGGGGGCGCCAAGAAGUACCGGGCCCUGUGCAUCCACUGCCGUAAAUGCCAAUCGAACACCAGUAUAGACAGGCUGAUUAUCCACAGGAAAUCGUGCACAAAGUACCGAGAGGAUCUCACCGAGGAGCUGGGCUUAAAGACAGAAGCUACGGAUUCCUCUCCGGCGGAACCAAACACAUCCGCCAUCGAACCAGCCAUAUCAACUGCCCAAACCAUUGAGUAUUCGACAAGCAAUAUAGUGGAAAAAAUGUUGGAUGAGGACGAGGGUAGCGGGCGCAAUCCGGAGUCCACCUUGGUGAGCUAUCUCACCGAUCUGGAACAAGUGGUGCCCCAUCCCCCGUCCGAUGCCAACCGGCAGGCAAAGGAUCUGUUAAAGGCGGAGACGGAGUACCUGGUGGCCAAAUCCGAGUACUUUACCAAGCUGAGCGAAAUAUCCGAACUGAAACGAACCGUCACCAUGUUGGAGGCGAAAAAGACCCAGCUGGAGAUCGCAAAACUGCGAGCCGAGUGCGAGUAGCCUAAGCUUUUUAAGUACAAAACAGUUUAAAAUUUUCUGAAUAUAUGUAUAAAUUUGUAAAGAUAA